UAUAUAUAUAUAUGUGCAGCUGCAUUCAUGUGCGCUAAACUGUAGUUACUAGUUUCAGUGGAAAAAUGGUUACCCAAGUCCAAGUCGAAUCCACCGUAUUUCCGCCGGCGGUUAGGCCGCCGGGAUCCGCCAAAAGCUUAUUCCUCGGCGGCGCAGGGGUGAGAGGCCUGGAGAUUCAGGGCAAUUUCGUCAAAUUCACCGCCAUUGGAGUGUACCUUGAAGACGUCGCCGUUUCGUCGCUCGCCGCGAAGUGGAAGGGGAAAUCGGCCGACGAGUUGGAGGAUUCCGUCGAGUUCUUCAAAGAUAUCAUCUCUGGUCCUUUCGAGAAAUUCACAAACGUGACGAUGAUUCUGCCAUUGACUGGCCAACAAUACUCACAGAAGGUUACGGAGAACUGCGUCGCAAACUGGAAAUCGCUAGGGCAAUACGACGACUCCGCAGCCGAAGCGAUCGAGAAGUUCCUGCAAGUAUUUAGAGACGAAACGUUUCCGCCUGGAUCCUCCAUCCUCUUCACUCAAUCGCCUGCAGGAUCGCUGACUAUCAAUUUCUCGAAAGACGGUUCGAUACCUGAGAGCGGCGGAGCGGUGAUAGAGAACAAGGCGCUUUCGGAAGCGGUGCUGGAGUCGAUCAUCGGGAAGAACGGCGUGUCUCCACCGGCGAAACGGAGCCUGGCGGAGAGAUUAUCGGAGUUAAUGAAAGAAGAAAAAUCGUGAGGUCGGUCGAUUGCUGUUCGAUCUGAUAAUGAAAAACGCUACUAGCAGCUCUUUCUUCCUUUGUUCCUCCAUGAUUGUGUUUCAAAGCUUUGAUGAAUUUAUUUAUAGUGGAGUGGAGGGAGGAAGCGUAUGAAUAAAAAUUGAAGGCUUAAUUACACUA